AUGGCUACGGAAUCCCCUCAAACUUGGUUUAUCACGGGCUGUUCUAGCGGCUUCGGCGAAGGCUUCGUUCGCCAGCUACGCGCCGCGGGGGAUAACGUAAUUGCGACAGGUCGAAAUGCCGAGACUAAGCUCGCUCAUCUCAAGGACACGGGAGCCGUUAUCAUGGAUCUAGAUGUGACGGAGCCGCUAGCGGAGAUUGCUGAGAAAGCAAAGGAAGCAUGGAGCGUGUUCGGCGGGGUCGAUAUCGUGGUUAAUAAUGCCGGAGCUAUCAUCAGUGGCGCGCUAGAGGAACUCACCCAGGAAGAGCUGGAAACGGGGAUCAAAACAAACUUCUACGGCCCGCUCAACGUCACCAAAGCCUUUCUUCCCUACCUCCGGGAAAGGGGCUCUGGCACGCUCCUCUAUAUCGGCUCCAUCGCGGGCUGGCAAGGCAACCCCGGCGCAAUCAGCUAUACCUCGCCCAAAUUCGCAAUCGCAGGUGCCGUAGAGUGCCUCGCCAAAGAACUCGCCGUCGUGGCGCCCGCCAUCAAGCUUCUCCUCGUCGAGCCAGGCUACUUCCACACCGCGGCAUUCACCAAGUUAUACCACGUGCCGCCACGCCUCCCGGCUUACGCGGAGUUCAACGCGGCGUCAGCAGCGUUUGAAGAGAGGGUUAAUGGGCACCAGCCCGGGGAUGUGGAGAAAGGCGUGCAGCGCAUGAUUGAAUUGGCCAAAGGGACCGGGAUGGCUGAGGGGAAAACGCUGCCAUUGCGGGUACCUCUUGGGAGCGAUGCAGUGGCGGGUUUCAGGGCGAAGUGCGAAGAGGGGUUGAAGACUUGUAGGGAGUGGGAAGAGAUGGCCAAGAGUACUGAUAAAUCAACGGGGCUGAGGGCCUGA